CCGAACCGAGCUUGAAAUUUGACAUGACAUUGCAUGGUCACGCAUUAUGCAAUACAGGACCAGCCCCUGCUGGUUUUCAACUGUGGGUCAGUGCGCCAAAGGUGGUGAAGGAAACGGACGGUUUUCGUGUUGCAAGCAAAGCAGGAAAAUGGCGCAGUCCGUUUGUCAGAAGACAUGCAUAGUAAUUGCAGCAAUUUUUGGGAUUCUGGCCGGUCUGGCUGUACUGAUCAUUGGUGUUGCUGCAAGGUAUGCCUUCAAGGCUGCCGUGUUAGGGAAAGCGAUUUACCAUGACGCCGAGACUCUCUUCAGCUUAACCAUGAGCGAGGCUGAAAGGACUUCAAUGUUUGAGAGACGCGAGCAUGUUGCAACCGCAUUCAAGACAACGGAAAUAGUUGUCACUUCUCUCAUUGCCCUUGGAUGUGUCAUUAUGUUGACCAAUUUCAUCGGUUGUUAUGGUGCUUUGUGCAGCAGCCUGUGUAUGACAUACAUCUAUUUCGUUUGCCAGAUCCUACUGAUGUGUGUGAGCAUUGCCAUAGCCGUUCUUUUGUUUGUUGGCCAAGGAAGUCUUGUCUCUUGGCUCAAAGAUGAUGUGUACUGCGAACUUUGCGGUGCCGUCGUCAAGCUGUAUGACUUUGCGUCUCCAGUCGCCGGGGUGUUCAUCUUCGCCGCACUCUGCCAGGCGCUGACUAUCUACUGUGCGUGGAUUGUGGCGCAGAAAAUCAAAGACGGUUCCCUCAAGAGGAAGGGACGUGGCAUGGUGAUGUUCCAGCCCCAGGCUGCUACAACCACAGUUGUUGUGACGAGGUAAACAACGAUGGUUGCAGGCUGCAUUGUGGACCAAGGAAUUCGGCUGUAUACGCAACAAACAAGACCAUAUUUGUUUUCUGAAAUUAACCGUCCAGUAUCCUUCACCGCCUUUCUGUAAACAUUUCCUUGGACUGUCCAUCCCAUGGCUUUUCAAGAAAGCACCAACAUAAAGACAUGACUUGGAUACAAUGCUGUAAAAUCGAGCAAGAGACGACCGCUACUUGUACAUCUUCAUCUGCUUCAUCUGCAUCAAACGUCUGUGAUUUGUCCUGAGCUGUCCUCUUGACCUCAUCGGCUUUGGGGUGGGCGGCUCAGAGUCCCCUUUCCUAUCAAACGGAUAUUUGUUACAAUCACAAAGUUAAAUGCUUACGACAUGGUUUCAUCAGACUGCCGCGACGGAUUAGCUUUCCGAGACAAUGUGAUUUUUUUCCCCACUGCACUAUUGUAGUCAUUCCCAGUGUUAUUCCGAUAUUUCCAUGCAAUUUUGUUAAACUUUGAUAAAAAGAUAAGCCAAGAUCGUUGA